UCACAUUCCUGGCAUAGCUGCCGCCUCUUGCACAGUCCAACCUCUGUGGCUCGCGGUACAGCUGGAGGAGCGCAGUCUCGCUUCCAGCAGUCACAGAGGCAGGAUCUCAGUGCACGGGAGCUCAGAGCUGCGUGCGGACUUUUCCUUGCGCUCCUCUGAUUUUUCCAAUUCUUUUUUUUUUAAUUAUUAUUAAAGUUUUGCUUUGGCACUUCGGCAGUGGGGGUAGGAAGGGGCCGCAAAUAAGCCAAGGCACGCACGCAUUCUGCAUUUUUUUUCCCUCCGAAAGAGCUCUGUACGGCUAGCUCCCCGGCGACGUCUGUGUGGCUGGGUCUGAAGUUCUAGGACUGAGGCUCUCAGGCUAUGGGUUGGUAUUUACCCCUGGCCAAUUGCUGUUAGAGCUCCAGGUGAUUGUGAGACCUCCAGUUGUUUACAGAAGAGCAAAGAAUGAGAACUGUGGAAGAUUCUUCAGGGACCGUCUUGCACAGGCUCAUCCAGGAGCAGCUGCGCUAUGGUAACCUGACGGAGAACCGAACCCUGCUGGCCAUCCAACAGCAGGCUCUUCGAGGAGGAGGUGGGGGGAACGGGGGCAGCCCCCGCUCUUCCCUAGAGAGCCUGACUCAAGAAGAGAGUCAGAUGGUACAGCAGUCCACCAGGCAGGAACCCCAGGGCCAGGAGCACCAUGGCGACCAUGCCUACUUGGAGAAUGCCCUCUACCGAUUCUACCAGCCCCAGAGCAAAGGCGAGGAGCUGCCCACUUAUGAAGAAGCAAAAGUCCACUCUCAGUAUUACGCCUCGCAAAGAGGACAGCAGGCAGGCUUGCCUUGCCCAGGGGCCCCUGUGGACAAGGAACCCCGUAGGGGCAAUGUAGCAAGCAACAAAAGGCAGGAUGAUUCUCUGAAGGAGCUGAAACAUGGGCACGUAAGGUCGCUAAGCGAGCGCCUCCUCCAGUUAUCCUUAGAGAGGAAUGGUGCCAAGGCAUACAACCACAUGAGCUCCUCCCACAGCUUUCCUCAGCUUUCUCGCCACUAUCAGCUGUCCACCACCAGGGGGCAUCACACUGAGGGCCUGGAGCCCCGGGGUCCCCCGCCAGAGUACCCCUACAUCAUUCCACCACAGGAGCCCUUUACAGGCAGUGACCCCAGGCACUAUUCCAGGGGCAGCCCUGAUUUCCAGCAUCCUGAAGUCAGGAUCUUGCAGGCUCAGGUGCCCCAGACUUUCCUACAGCAGCAGCAGCAGCAGCAACAGCAGCAGCUCCCACCACCACAGCCUGCCCACCCCCACCCUGCUGCCCUGUGCCACAGCCCCAUGGGCUCCCUCACCCCAGCUGGGGUUGAGGCACUGAUGUCAGCACAGGCUGCUUCCACCAACAGCCACCUGGCCCAGAUGGAGGCCAUUCUGAGAGACAAUGAGAAACUACAGAGAGAGAAUGAGAAGUUGCUGAGGGAAUUUCAGACUUAUAACGAGAAGGCGAGCCGGAUUCAGAAGCUGGAAACAGAAAUCCAAUGCAUCUCUGAGGCCUAUGAAAACUUGAUGAAAGCUUCUACUAAGAGAGAGACCUUGGAGAAGACCAUGAGGAACAAGAUGAGUGGAGAGAUGAGGCGGCUGCAGGAUUUUAACAGCGAUCUAAGAGAGAGGUUAGAAUCUGCAAACAGACAACUAGCCAGCAAGACGCAGGAGGCCCAGGAGGGCAACCAGGGCAUGGUGGCCAAGCUUCUGGCUCAGAACUAUGAGUCUCAGCAAGAACAGGAAAAGAUGGAACGGGAGAUCUCAUUGCUCCGAAGCUCCAAUGAGGACCAGCGGCGACGGGCGGAGCUGCUGGAGCAGGCCCUGGGUAAUGCCCAGGCCCGGGCCGCAAAGGCAGAAGAUGAGCUUCGGAAGAAGAAGGCAUACGUGGAGAAGGUGGAGAGGCUUCAGCAGGCCCUGGGGCAGCUCCAGGCAGCCUGUGAAAAGAGGGAACAGCUGGAGCUACGUCUUCGGACCCGCCUAGAGCAGGAGCUGAAGACUCUUAGGACACAGCAGAGACAGAUGGCAGCGCCCAGCAGCGGAUCGCCCGAGCUCAGUGUGCCGAGGCUGGCAGAGCAGCUGAGGGAAAAGGAGGAGAGGAUCUUAGCCCUCGAGGCAGACAUGACCAAGUGGGAGCAGAAGUACCUGGAAGAAUGUACGAUGAAGCAGUUUGCCAUGGAUGCCGCCGCGACAGCCGCCGCUCAGCGGGACACCACCAUCAUCAACCACUCCCCUCAGCACUCUCCCAAUAGCAGCUUCAAUGAAGAUCUCCUCCUCGCCAACCACAAACACCAGGAGAUGGAGAACAGGUUAAAAGUGCUUCAUGCCCAGAUCCUGGAGAAGGAUGCUGUGAUAAAAGUACUUCAGCAGCGUUCAAGGAAGGACCCAGGCAAGGCCUUGCAGUGCUCUCUGCGACCUGCUAAAUCUGUGCCAUCCAUCUUUGCAGCUUCAGGGACCCAAGGCUGGCAGGCGGUCUCAACCAUCAGUGAAGGACAGUCUGAUGGUCUCUCCUGGGGAGCAGCAGGAGGUCGGGUCCCAGCAGAGGAGAUGCCCACUGGCCCCCAUCCCUCCCAUGUCAAACAUGUAAGCAAAGAUGGAAGUACUCAGACUGAUGGCCUUCCUGACAGUGUCGUCACCUCCCACGGGCAUGGGCCUGAGGGCCUCCUGGGCUGCAACAGUGGUAGCAGCAACGGCAACCAUGGUGGAGCUCUAACUGAGUCUUCCGCUACAUCGAAGACUCAGGACAUAUCUGAGAUGGUGGAAAUCCUGAUUUAAAGAAGCAGCUGGCUCCAUGGCCCUCAAAAUAGCUUCGUGCCCACCUCCGCAGAUCCCAUCAGAUCCCUCUCAAACUACUAGCUCCCAUCUUUCCUCUGACAUAAUCUGGGGAAUCCUUCCUACCCUGUGACCUGGCUGGGGACGCGCUCACUCUGUUUGGCCAGUUUUAGGCCUCGGAGUUUGGAAGGAAAGUGAUCAGGUGGGAGCAGAGCUGUUGUGUGAUCUGCCUCCUACAUGACCCAUUGACCACAGUUCUCCCUGAACAAGCUGUUGGAAGUCAUGGGCCCAGUCAGGGUUUGCUGGAGCUAUCCGCAAAUCCCACAGGCAGAUAAAGAGAUGCAAAGAGUUCAGAGAGGGGCUGAGCCCCCCUCUUGAUCCUAACUUGCCUUGAACAAUGAGAGGGAGGCAGUUAAGAGUGAUAAGGUAUGUGGGGAGGGCCGUGUGUGGAGAAGACACCCACAUGUGGGUCCUGGAAGAACUGGUUGCUCAGUUUCCAUGGAGAGCCAUCUUGUUGGUAAAACCUCAAAUGCAAGUUGCCUGAAGUCAGCCCGUGUUGUGUUUUCCUGGCUCUGCAAGAUUCUUACUCCUCCUCUGUUCUCCAGCCCUGGCUUCUUCCCCUUUCAUCUUACAAGGACUGGAAUCUGGUGGGGUGGAUAUGGUUUUUAUUGGUUUUAUCAGCUGCUCCAGCCAGCUUGCUAAGAGGAAAAGUCCCUUAACACUCUUAGAAUGGACCGUGUACCCUUAGGCGGCUGCACUAGGAGACAUUGUCCUAUUAUUUGUAUAUAAUUCUUUCUUGUGGGGAACAGUGGAUAUUUUUCAUUUCAGGUUCUUUCCCACAUGCUUUGUUUUCCCUUUCCCUGUCAGCUGCUCUCUUUGUCCUUUCCCUGUCCUGUUCCUUUAUAAUAUUUGAUUUCUUAAAUUUUUUUUUAAAUCCUUUUGAAUGCGAACACUCUGAUCUUUUGAAAGUUUGCCAUCUUAUCCUUUUCCUCCAUUUUGCAUCCUGUUUCUUUCAAACAUUAAAUAUCCAUCUGGAGAGCCCUUCAGAUGCCAUUGCCUGCCUUUUGGACAGUCUCCACGAUUCCUGUCAGUGGAAUUUCCCUUCUGUUUGUUUGGUUAUAAACCAUGAGCCAAAUGGAAUGUAUCAGUGUGAGUAUCUGAGUGUAGUGGGUGUAUCCCAGUGUUCUCUCCUCUCUCUCUGUUUCCAUUCAGGGGACAAAUGGCAGCAACCAUCUUAAGUUCAGCUGACUUUUUUUUGAGGUCACAGAACCCUGAGCUGGAGAUGGGAUUAUGCUUUGGGAAAGAAAGGAAAAAAAAAAAAAACACCAGCCACAACAGAAUUAGGAGAAGAAGAAAAAAGGACUUCCUUUUUAAACAGGCAGAGGAUUAAUUGGAUUUUUAGCUGCACAUUUUGAUCCCCCACACUCUGGAAUAAUACCAAAUACACUGAUAUUGUAUAAGUGAAAAUUCUCUUAAUGUGCCCUUUGCUACUGACAGCUGGCUUCUGACAGUAGUGGAUUUUGACUUGUAUAUAAGUCAUACAGCUCAGACCCCAGGAAAAAUAAUGUUUCCCUGGUUUGUCCUUCCAGUUUUCAGCUCAAUCUGCAUAUCUAUCCCUCUCUUUGUUUUUAGAUUUUAUAUAUAUAUGUAUAUUUUUUCCUGGUUCCUUAAGUUUUCUUUUAAACCAUCUGUGCAUUUGCUGGACAACUGCAUUUUUUAUUGUCUACCCUUCCCUACACGCUUUAAAAUGGAUUUGGUUCCUGUGCAUUGUUUACAAAGCAAAAACAAAAAGCAAAACAAAGCGGAAAAAUAUUGUGAAAGAGGAAGACAACUUAAUAUAUUUUGGAUUAAUAUUGGUAUUUCUUUUAAAAGUAUUUUUUCGUGCUGUGAACUUUUUCUGCCAAAGAUAAUGAUGUUUGUUUGUAUGUUUUAAGUUAUCUUAAGUAUUUAAAAAUGUAAACUUGGCUGUGUUGCUGUGCCGCCCUGUACCAGGAUUGCUGUAGCAUUCCACUUGGUAUAACAGUAUUUUAAUUAAAAAAAAAAGUAAAAAUGUUGAAACAA